UAGCCUCAGUCAACGCGCGGCGUUCGUUGGCUGAAAACAAUAUUUUAGUGGACCAACCGGAGAUAGUCAAACCAUUCAUUUAGUUCUUCUGUGCUCUCCGUGUAGUUCAGUGGCCAAAUCAAAAAGUUAUUUCUUUAAAAUCUUGUCAGUGUUGUUGUCGAUCCAGUGUUUGAAAAAAUGUAUUCAUAUUCAACCAUGUUCACUGGCUGAAUCAGUGUUAAUAUCCCCCAAAGAGUGAACCAAUUGAAUGAAUUGGCCAGAAAAAAAGCAGCGCACAGAGUUUUUACAAGAGAAUUUAAUCAAAAACUUGAAGAGGAAGCUGUCCGGAGGUUCACCUGUUGGCUGCAAUUUAAACGAGCGCGGCUAGCAAUAAUCGGCCGAGGAGGACGGUCGAGAGCACACUGAAGGAGGCCCUGGACAAGAUGUCGCAACAUUUCACAUCGAUACUUGAGAACCUGCGUUUUGUGACCAUCAAACGGACGACAAACACUCAACAACAACAACAACAACAACAACAGCAGCAGCAACCGAAAUCAACUCCCCCCUCACCGUGCGUGACGCAACAACAAAAUAGAAUAAAAAGCAAAUCUCAAACAGCGCCCACGGUAAAUGGGAAUGGACUCUUGAGCACAAGUCUUGAUGCCGUUAGCGGCGGUGCCGACUCGUCUUCCAGCCAUCAAGUGGACCACAGUGGCGGAGCAACCACACCAGGAGUUGGGGUAGUAGGUGCCGCAGCAGGUACAGGAGUGGGAGCGGGCGCAUCAACAUCAAGUGGCGGUGGUAAUAGUAGUGGUACGCCACUGAAGAACCACAAGCGCGCUAGUAUCUCCACGGCUUCGCCCCCUGUUCGUGAGCGCCGAGGCACAAGCACGAGUAUCGUUGUGGAGCUCGACAGUGGAGGCGCUGCGUCAGCCGCGACGGCGGUGUGCGUCGCCUCUGGCAGCGGUACGGCAUCCGGCAAAAGUUCACGGGAACUUUCGCCCUCGCCCAAAAACCAGCAGCAGCCAAGAAAAAUGUCGCAGGAUUAUCGUUCGCGUGCCGGCAGCUUCAUGCAUCUCGACGACGAGGGACGCAGCGUGCUGAUGCGUAAGCCGAUGCGACUGAAGAACAUUGAGGGCAGGCCGGAGGUCUAUGACACACUGCACUCUAAGGGACGAGAGAUACUUUCCUGCUCCAAGGGAACUUGCACAAGCAGCAUCAUGAGUCUCGGAAAUGCCGCUGUCGAGGCGCGCAAAACGGAUCUGGUGCUGGAUCACGCGAAGGACUUCUUGGAACAGUAUUUCACCUCGAUAAAGCGCACUUCCUCCACCGCCCACGAAACACGCUGGAAACAGGUGCGCCAGAGCAUUGAGACCUUGGGAUAUUAUCAGCUAACUGAAACCGAGCUAAUUUAUGGCGCCAAAUUGGCCUGGCGCAAUUCUUCACGUUGCAUUGGUCGCAUUCAGUGGUCGAAGCUGCAGGUCUUUGAUUGCCGUUAUGUUACUACAACAAGUGGCAUGUUCGAGGCAAUUUGCAACCACAUCAAAUAUGCAACCAAUAAAGGUAACCUGAGAUCUGCAAUUACGAUUUUUCCCCAGCGUACAGAUGGCCGACACGAUUAUCGCAUUUGGAAUAAUCAGUUAAUAUCCUAUGCCGGCUAUAAGCAGUCAGACGGAAAGAUCAUUGGCGAUCCCAUGAAUGUGGAGUUUACUGAGGUCUGCAUUAAACUUGGCUGGAAGAGCAAGGGCGGCGAAUGGGACAUCUUGCCUGUGGUGGUCUCCGCCAACGGUCAUGAUCCGGACUACUUUGACUAUCCGCCCGAAUUGAUACUGGAAGUGCCGCUGACCCAUCCCAAAUUCGAGUGGUUCACGGAGCUGGGGCUGCGCUGGUACGCGCUGCCCGCCGUUUCCAGCAUGCUUUUCGAUGUGGGUGGAAUCCAGUUCACAGCGACCACAUUCAGCGGCUGGUACAUGUCCACGGAGAUUGGCUGUCGGAAUUUAUGCGACACAAAUCGGCGCAAUAUGUUGGAGACUGUAGCGCUGAAAAUGAAUUUGGACACCCGGACACCGACUUCCUUGUGGAAGGACAAGGCCGUCGUAGAGAUGAACAUAGCCGUGCUGCACUCGUUUCAGAGCCGCAAUGUGACCAUUGUGGAUCACCACACGGCCAGCGAGAGCUUCAUGAAGCACUUCGAGAACGAGUCAAAGUUGAGGAACGGCUGUCCCGCCGAUUGGAUAUGGAUUGUGCCGCCGCUAUCCGGUUCCAUCACGCCCGUUUUCCACCAGGAGAUGGCAUUGUAUUACCUGAAGCCCUCAUUCGAAUAUCAGGACCUCGCCUGGCGCACCCACGUCUGGAAGAAGGGGCGCGGUGAGAGCAAAGGCAAGAAGCCACGCCGUAAAUUCAAUUUCAAACAAAUCGCUAGGGCUGUGAAAUUUACAUCGAAAUUAUUUGGACGCGCCUUGUCGAAGCGCAUCAAGGCAACGGUUCUGUAUGCCACAGAAACUGGAAAAUCCGAACAAUAUGCAAAGCAAUUAUGCGAGCUGCUCGGACAUGCAUUCAACGCACAGAUAUAUUGCAUGUCCGACUACGAUAUAUCCUCUAUUGAGCACGAGGCAUUGUUAAUUGUUGUGGCCUCCACCUUUGGCAACGGCGAUCCCCCUGAAAACGGAGAGCUGUUCUCCCAGGAAUUGUAUGCGCUGCGUGUGCAGGAGUCCGGCGAGCAUGGAUUGCAGGAUUCCAGCAUUGGCGUCACCUCGUCGAAAUCCUUCAUGAAGGCCAGCUCCCGUCAGGAUUUUAUGAAGUUGCCCUUGCAACAGGUGAAGAAAAUAGACCGCUGGGACUCACUGCGGGGCUCCACAUCGGACACCUUCACCGAGGAAACCUUUGGCCCCCUGUCCAACGUCCGGUUUGCCGUCUUUGCCUUAGGCUCCUCGGCAUAUCCGAACUUCUGCGCCUUUGGACAAUACGUGGACAAUAUUUUGGGCGAGCUGGGAGGCGAGCGACUGAUGAGGAUAGCCUAUGGCGACGAGAUGUGCGGCCAGGAGCAAUCGUUCAGGAAGUGGGCGCCCGAGGUCUUCAAGCUUGCUUGCGAAACGUUCUGUUUGGAUCCGGAGGAAAGCCUAACGGACGCCUCGCUGGCACUGCAGAAUGAAUCCCUCACUGUGAACACUGUGCGGCUGGUGCCGUCCGCGGCCAAGACCACGCUAGACAGCGCGCUCUCAAAGUACCACAACAAGAAGGUGCACUGCUGCAAGAUAAAGGGACAGCCGCAUAACCUGACCAAGCUCAGUGAAGGAGCAAAGACAACGAUGCUGCUGGAGAUCUGCGCACCAGGAGUGGACUACGAGCCGGGGGAUCACGUAGGAAUCUUCCCGGCGAACCGAUCGCAACUGGUGGAGGGUCUGUUGGAGCGUCUGGUGGGGGUUGAGAAUCCGGACGAGGUGCUGCAGCUGCAGCUUCUCAAGGAAAAGCAAACCUCGAACGGAAUCUUCAAGUGCUGGGAGCAGCACGAUAAGAUUCCUGCAGAAACUCUGCGGAAUCUACUGGUUCGCUUCUUCGACUUGACCACUCCUCCCUCGCGGCAGCUACUCACCCUCCUGGCAGGAUUCUGCGAUGACAAUGCCGAUAAGGAGCGACUUGAGUUGCUGGUGAACGACUCGUCGGCCUAUGAGGACUGGCGGCACUGGCGCUUGCCCCACAUGCUGGAUGUCCUGGAGGAGUUCCCCUCGUGUCGACCGCCAGCGCCGCUUCUAUUGGCACACCUCACGCCCCUGCAGCCGAGGUUUUACUCCAUCUCCUCCUCUCCCCGUAGGGCCAGCGAUGAGAUCCAUCUGACAGUGGCAAUUGUCAAGUACCGCUCCGAGGACGGUCAGGGCGACGAGCGCUACGGUGUCUGCUCUAACUAUCUGUCGGGCCUGCAGGCUGACGACGAGCUCGUCAUGUUCGUGCGAAGUGCUCUGGGCUUCCAUCUGCCCUCCAACCGCAGCAGUCCCAUUAUCCUGAUCGGACCCGGCACGGGUAUCGCCCCUUUCCGCUCCUUCUGGCAGGAGUUCCAGCUGCUUCGCGAGCUCGAUCCAGCUGUCUCGCUACCCAAGAUGUGGCUCUUUUUCGGUUGUCGAAACCGGGAUGUGGACCUGUAUGCGGAGGAGAAGGAGCGGCUGGUGAAGGAGCAAAUAUUGGAUCGUGUUUUCCUGGCUCUCUCUAGAGAGCCGACCAUCCCCAAGACAUAUGUGCAGGACCUGAUUGAACAGGAAUUCGAUUCGUUGUACAACUUGAUUGUGCAGGAGCGGGGCCACGUUUACGUCUGCGGCGAUGUCACUAUGGCCGAGCAUGUGUACCAGACCAUCAGGAAGUGCAUUGCCGGCAAAGAGCAGAAAUCCGAGGCGGAAGUCGAUACGUUUAUGCUAACACUGCGAGACGAGAGCCGCUACCACGAGGACAUCUUUGGCAUCACCCUGAGAACGGCUGAGAUUCACACAAAGUCCAGGGCUACCGCGAGGAUACGAAUGGCAUCGCAACCCUAAGGAAACUAAUAAUAAUCUCAGUGCAAAGAAAAUACCAGUAUCCACUUAUUAUUUCCAUUGAUACGAUUCGUAUUUAACUGCAAAUGAAUGUUGUCGCUUCUUUCAAUACUUGUACGUAAAAUACCAAUUAAUUAGCCAAAGUUUAAUAUUAUCAAUUUAAUUAUACUGUACAAACAAAAACCGAAAUCAAAAUUCAAAGCUCUAAAUGUUAAAAUAUAUUUCAAAUAAAUCAUUCCUUCAAAAGAAACCCAACAAAGCGUUUUUUGAAAAACGUUCGGAUGGGGAUUAGCCCGAUGCAAUUUUAAAUUUUUCCAACAAAAGCUUCUGUCAAAGAAAACUACUGCGCUAAGCGGCUUUGAUUGGGCGAAGGCAAGUGGGACGCGGUCCAAUUGAUACAGGUUGGGAAAUUGUGCAGAAAAUGCAAUUUAUAGAAUAAACAGCGAUUUCUUUUCAUGGAUUUUACCCCGGAGUUUCUUUUCCGCGCCUCGUUCUGCUCAAUA